CAUAAAUAAUAUAAAAAGACCGCCCGCUCACUACUGUUACAGCCACCGAGUUUCAGACAAUGUUUUCCGCCACAGGCAUGCCGUCGGCGGCGUCGGCGGUGUUCUCCGCCUACGCCUCCUUCGCCGGCACCAUGAUGCUGGUCCGCUCCAUGGCCAACGAUCUCGUCCCGGCACAAGUCCGGUCCUACAUCCAGUCAACCCUUCGGUACCUCUUCACGCCGCUGUCAAACAAACUCACCGUCGUGGUGGACGAGCACUGCGGCCUCACGCGCAACCAGGUCUAUGACGCCUCCGAGGUCUACCUCCGCACCAAGAUCAACCCCAACACCGAGCGCUUCAAAGUCGGCAAAACUUCUCGCCAGAGGCGCCUCAGAGUCAGCCUCGAGAAGGGCGAGGAAAUCGUCGACCGAUUCGAGAACUUACAGCUCCAAUGGCGCUUCGUCUCGAUCGAGCCGGAGAAUCGCCACUCUGGCGAGAAGCGCUUCUUCGAGCUGAGCUUCAACAAGAAGUUCAAGGACCGGGUUUUGAACAACUACUUGCCUUUCGUUCUGGACAAAGCCAAGGAUAUCAAGGACAGCGAGAAGGUGGUGAAGCUUUAUACUAGAGACUGUAUCUUCAACGACGACGAAGGCGGCCGCUGCGGCGUUUGGGGUUCGAUCAAUCUCGAACAUCCUGCGACGUUCGGCACGCUGGCGAUGGAGCCGGAGAUGAAGAAGGCCAUAAUUGAGGACUUGGACAGGUUCGUGAGGAGAAAGGAUUUCUACAAGAAGGUCGGCAAGGCUUGGAAAAGGGGUUACUUGUUGUACGGUCCUCCGGGCACUGGUAAAUCGAGCUUGAUCGCGGCUAUGGCGAAUUAUCUUAAAUUUGAUAUCUACGAUUUGGAGCUCACGAGUUUGUACUCGAAUUCGGAGCUCCGGAGGAUACUGGUUUCCACCACCAAUCGCUCGAUUAUCGUGAUCGAAGAUAUAGAUUGUAGCGUGGAGGUGCAUGGUCGGGAAAUAGCGGGUGAUGUGACGGGAGCUUCCAGCACAAAGUUGACGCUUUCGGGUCUGCUGAACUUCAUCGAUGGGCUAUGGUCGAGUUGUGGGGAUGAGCGGAUCAUCGUGUUCACCACGAACCACAAGCAUCGAAUCGACCCGGCUCUGCUGCGGCCGGGUCGGAUGGAUAUGCACAUUCACAUGUCUUACUGCACAUUUCAGGGCUUCAAGCUCCUGGCCUGGAAUUACCUCGGCGUCCACGGCAACCACAAGCUUGUCCCAGAGAUUGAAGGCCUAAUAGAGAACGUAAAUGUCACCCCUGCCGAAGUUGCAGAGGAGCUCAUGAAGAGCGAGGAUACUGACAUGGCUCUCGGAGGGCUAGUGAAUUUUCUCAAGCGCAAGAAGAUGGCAGCCGAGGAGAUCAAUGAAGAAAAAUGCGGCAAUAAUGGAGUGGAAGAAUCAUCGUCAGCGGAAGGAGAGGGGGCGAAGAGGUUGAAAAUUGACAACAUUAACAUCAGGAGGAAGUCGGUGAGAAACAUUGGAAGAAGUCUUUCUAGAGGAGGCAUGUUGCCUAGGCUGCCACGCUGAAGAUCUUGAGUGGCUUCUGUGUAAUUAUCAAUAAAUGGGUUUUCUUCACAAUGUUAGCGUCUGGAACUGUAGAAUUAAAGCUGUGAUCUUUUACCCAAGACCAAGAAGAUCAAGCCCUGAGAAAGAGGAGGGGGAUUUGUUAUGUUGCUCACAAGGGUGCAUGGGUCAUUGGAUCCCCAUCUCUCAUGAGUCCCACCCCCCUUUCCUCACGACAGAUAAAUUAUUAUUAUGUUCUUCCAUAGGAAUAAUAUAUUAACCAUACGAAUAACUUAUUAACGAUAAAUUUUUAUUAU